AUGGCAAAUCCCUUGGAGGAAAACAUCCUUGAAAAGGAUUUCAGGAUUUUAACAUCUCUAGGCUCUGGUGGAUUUGGGGAGGUGAAGCUUGCCUGCCACCUUCCUACACAUACACAGGUGGCUGUCAAGGUUCUGGAGAAAAAAAUGAAUUCUCUUGUUCGGAUUAACAAUGAAGUAGAGAUACUUCAAUCUGUGGAACACAGAAACAUAGUUCGUUUCUUUCAUGUUAUUGACACAAGUUCAACAACUUUUGUGAUCAUGGAGUAUAUUGCAGGAAAUGACCUGGAAUAUUUCCUCAGGAAGAGAUACUUUCUAAAGGAAAAUGAGGCCAGACCAAUAUUCCAACAGGUUGUAUCAGGAAUUCAUUUUCUCCACCAAAAAAGAAUUGCCCAUCGUGAUAUUAAAUUGGAAAAUAUCCUUAUUGACAGAGCUGGCAAUAUCAAGCUUUGUGACUUUGGUAUGGCCAGACAGCUGGCAGAAGGGCAGAUGUUGGAGGAUUUCUAUGGCACCUUGGUCUAUUUGGCUCCAGAGAUUUUGGCAAGGAAACCCUACAAUGGCCUGGUGGGAGAUAUGUGGAGCUUGGGAGUCCUCCUAUAUAAAAUAAUCACAGGAAAAUUUCCAUAUGAUGAAAACAGCUAUGAUUGUAUGUACAGGGUCAUCAAAAACACAAUGUAUCCUUUUCCCUACUGUGUGUCAAAACCCUGUCUAUUAAUCAUUUCAGGGUUACUCAUGUUCUCCACCCAGUACAGGAUAACAAUAUGUCAGCUACAGAAAAGCAGAUGGCUGGGCAACAUUAAAGAACAUGCAGCACCUGCAACUAAGGAAAUCCUUCCCAGGGUUGUUGAUACCAUGUACAACAUGGGCUAUACCUUUGAAGAGAUUGUAUUGUCCCUAAAACACAGGCAACCAAAUAAUUUAAUGGCAACCUUCAAUAUCCUCAAAUACAAACUGAGCUGUGGGGACAGCCAUCAGCAGAAUCAAAAGCCCUGGUUAAAUGACAGUCCUGUAGGUCCUCUUUGCCCAAUUCUCCCCUUGAAGAGGCGAGCCAGUGAACCAGCCUUACCAACAAGUAUAGGAGAUGAGAAGAGACAUUUUCAUGAGGAGGGUGUGGAAGGAAGAAGCAGGAGAUGCCAAAGUUACAAAAUGCUCAACAGAUACAGAAAAUUAAGCCUUGAUGAUGAAACUGUCCCAGAAGGAGGUACCCUGGUGGCUAGUGUCAUCAACAGUGCUAUAGCACAUAUUGCAAUCAACAUGAAUUCUGCGGACAGCCGGCCUGGUAAUCCUUCCUCAGGUGAAUCAGCCCCAGAUGGGACACUCAAAAGGUUUCUGAUCAUGGGCUUCUCUACAGAGGAAUCAUUCAUGGGGCCCAACAUGCCCAAUGACCAGCCCCAGGAUGAACCUACAUCCUUGGGAUCCAGGCCACUAAGAGCCUGGAAGCUGAUGAAAAAGAGAAUUUCCCAUGUACUGAGUGUACUGUUUUCAUGCUCCAUGCCCAUUCCAUUGUGA